ACAGGAUAUUAGUCGCUUGGUACAUUGUCAGGGAAGUCCACUCACUACAACACGCCCCCCUGUUCCCCGAUCGGCCGUCACAUUCCUCCUUCUAAUCCGAUCGACACCUGUGUGACUCAGCCCGCGCUCAGUAUCCAGGGUGCAGCAGUUUACUAACAAAGUACGAGAGGAACUGCGAUGCACCGCCUAGUCCUGCCUGCAAGUGUCGGCAUCUGCAGAAGCCACGAGGCUUCGCAUUGACAAACAGGAAGACUCGGAGACAACUCGCAGUCGCCUCUUCCAUGCCUCCUUGACUGGGAGGCUUCACGGAUUUGACAUAAUGUGGACCUACUAUUCGAAUGCGCGAGUCACCAAAAAGAAACGAAAAGAAUAUAAUGAAGUAGUGGUGUUCCCUCCCAUUCCCAAAGCUUCAUCAGUGAGCUCCAACAAUCAGGACAGAAUAUGUUACAGUAGUUGCUCAUCAUCCCAAAAGCUUCAAGACCUUUUCUUUUCACCACAAAUCACUGCACCUCAGAAGACGGCGUAUAAGUUAGUAGACACAAAGGGAACCACUGGUAAGAACGCAGAGUGGCAUUGGCACUUACCAUAUAAAAAAAUUAGCCGUAAAGCAGAGUCUCGUAUAAAAGAACAUCUAAAGAAUAAUCUAUACAACAGGCAUGGCAAGAGGCCUGAACUCUCUAAAGCAGAAGACAAUGAAGACAAUGAAGUAUCAGAAAAGGGAGAAGAACUACAGAGCCUUAAUAAAGAUCAGACUUUCUCACUACAGAGUCAGGAUUUAGCAGUUUAUUUGCAAAGAGGGAGCCACGUCAGUUUUCAAGAUGUCCCCCAUUCAGUGCCAUGGAGUGUCUCAUCACUUAUCCCUGAAAGCCAGCAAGAAGAAGAACAAGAGCAUGAUAAAACAGACCCUCUUCUUACUUCUAGAUGUGAGAUGACUGAGGGGGUACAAGAAGCAGAUCAUAAUUCAUCAUCUAUGGAAAGCUAUACAGCUGUGAAAGGGCCAGAGGACACAGGAAAAUUAAAGAAAUCAGAGUCUGCAGACAUAUGUGACCUGAGGAGCAGUGCAGCAUCCAUGGAGAUGGAGAAAAUUCAUGAAAUACUCACAAAAAAUGUUAAAGUCAGUCAUGUCGUCAAGAAGAAACGUUUAAUGAUUUACCUAAGUGGGGGUUACAAAGGUAGUCUGGUGAUCAUCUGA